AUUAAAAGUUGUUUGAUUAUCGUUAAAGACAUAGACAAAAUGUGAUCGAAAUUAUUAAUUAAUUAUUAAUUCUAGCAAUACUGAUACAAACAAGCAGUUCCCUAUUCGAAGAACGCGCGAAAAGUAUUUUUUUUUUAUAAGCAGCUUAAUUAAGUUUAAAAUGAAUUUUAAUAAUUUACACGAAAUAGCUGGAAGAAAAUAUGAGAAAUACUUGUCAACCUUCGGUCGAAAAGUUUUAAAAGUUUUGAUUCAGCAAAACACCAAGGAUGAUCUUGCUAGCAACAGAAAUAAUUUUAACAUAGGCAAUACACGUCCAUAUUCUAAUACGGAGACCGCCAACUUCAGAUAUUCGGACUUAAAUCAUAUUCCUCCUUCUAACAGUGAAAAAAUUGUUAUUGAUUUUGCAAAUGAUAAUUUGAGCAAUGAUCAUACAGUUAGUAGUCUACAAAAUGGAGUUGAUUUGGUUACAAAUACUAUGCCGUGUGAAAAUCCAGUAGUACCAACAUCAAAUGAACUUGUUAAAUGUGUAUACGAAGAUGUUAAUCCGCAAAUUGCACAUCAAAAUAUGCAUUCAAAUUCACUUAAUAACGACAUCACACCAGUGCCCCCCGCUAGCAGUUUGUUAAACAUUGUCAAUGACGAAGUACGCCAAGAAAGUAAAACUUUAGAUCAUGCCGAUGAAGUACCAUGGGAGGAUAUGUUUGACACUGAAUUGCUAUCGGAUGUUAAUAAUACUGAAAAAGAUACUUGUGAAAAUUAUGUAAAAGCAACGAAAUUGUCUGAACCAGAAUUCCUUAAUAAACCAGUGGAAAAUAAUAACAGCAAAACACGCGGAAGUAAAACUUCAAAAAAACGGGUUAAAAAACAUCCCGCUGAUAUUGAAGAUCUCUUACCCAAGAAAAUUAAAAAAAACCCCAAAGACAGUAAAGUAGUUAAAUCGAGUUUUCGUAAACAGAAAUAUUCUAAGAGUGUUAAGACAUGGUUAAAUGAUGUUGAUCCUAGUAACCCUGUUGAACCAGAAGUACCAAGCGAAAACCUGCAUGCCAAUGAAACUGGUACAAUAAGCAAGGAAAAUUCAUUAAAAACGCCAGAUACAAACAUUGAACAAAGUAAAUAUAAAAGAACAGUACAAGCACAAUUAUCGAACCAGAAUGGAAUUAUGAAAUAUUGUAAACCAAAAAUUUUAAGCGAAGUGAAUAACGUUGAGAAACAAGGAUCUACAACAGAUGCUAAUAAAGAAAGAAUUGUAAAACCUAAAUUUAUUCCCCCAAUUAAAUCCCAAAUUCCUGUUAAAGAGUUAACUUACGACAUAGCAACUAUCGAAAAUGAAUCUUUAAAUGUUUUAAAUUUAUUUGAAUAUAGUGACGAAGAAAUAGCUAUAACCCUUAUUUAUAGGAAUGGUUUUUGUCAAUUAAACAAACAGCACACUGAGGACGUGGAUAUAGCAGAAGGAAUUAUGAUUCUUACUAAAGAUAAAUAUUACUAUUUAACAAAUUCAUCAACCAAAUACAGUGAAUCGUUAGAAACAUUUCUGAAUAAAAACUCUUUGGUUUGUUACGAAGGUAAACAUGUUAUUACACAUUUCGUAAAUCAAUUUGGGAUCUCCAUCGACAUGUGUAAUGCGAAAUUUCUUGAUGUAAAGGUCGGCGGGAGCCUUUUAGACCCUGACAAUCCACCCGAUAACUUUUCACAAGUACAAAAGCUGAUAGGUUACGUGGCCGAGUUCACCAUAGCGACGGAGUGCGGACUGCAGAAGACGGCGUGGUACCUGAUGCUGUUACAACACUGUUGGCAGAGAGUUCAGCAAUCGCUGCUCGAUCAAGGCCUGUGGAAGGUCUUUAUGGAUAUCGAAAUGCGGGUUUUGCCCAUCAUUUCAGAGAUGGAGAGAGUGGGCGUGUGCGUGAACAUGGAGAAACUGAAAGGCAUGGAGCGGCUGUUGGUGGCGCGCAUGCAGCGCGUGGAGCAGGCGAGCCACCGCGCCGCCGGCCGCGUCUUCCAGCUCACCUCCGCGCCGCAGGUGCGCGCCAUCCUCUACGACGAGCUGCAGCUCGACUCGCACUGCAACGUCAAGAUCCGGGAGACCAUCUGCAAGGGAGCUAAAUCCACUUCCGAGACAAUGCUGCGAAGCUUAAUGAAUAAACAUCCGCUGCCUAAACUGAUCCUGGAGUACCGGCACCUGCACAAGGCGCACAGCACCUUCCUGCUGGGGAUAGCGCAGUGUGUGCGGGACGGGGUCGUCAGACCUGUGUGGGAGCAGAGUGCGGCGGCCACGGGGCGGAUCGCCUGCAACACUCCCAACCUGCAGGCCGUGCCCAAGGCGCCCUUCGCCCUCAGUAUGUUCCCCGCUCCGUUUGGGGAAGAGGAGGAGGCCUUGAACCUGCGGUCGCUGUACGAGAGCCGCGCGGGCCGGCUGCUGGUGUCGGCGGACUUCCGGCAGGUGGAGUGCCGCGUGCUGGCGCUGGCGGCCGGCGACGCCGCGCUGCUGGCCGCGCUGCGCGGCCCCGACCUCUUCACCCUGCUCGCCGCCACCUGGCUCGGCAAGGAGGAGGCGGCCGUGACCGGCGAGGAGCGCGAGCGCACGAAGCGCGUGGUGUACGCGAGCAUGUACGGCGCCGGCGCCAACAAGCUCGCCGACGUGCUCGGCCUCGGCUACGACCGCGCGCUCGAGGUCACCGCCAGCUUCAACCGGACGUUUCCGUCGCUGAGGAGGUUCGGGCGCGAGGUGGUGGCGCGGUGCGAGCGGGACGGCACGCUGCGCACGCCCUGCGGCAGAGCGAGGCAUUUCAAGGAAAUCGCGAGCCCGCACGCCGCCGCCAGGGCGCAGGCGGAGAGGAAAGCCAUCAACUUCAUUAUACAAGGGUGCGCGGCGGACGUGUGCAAGACGGCGAUGGUGCGGUGCGCGGCGGCGCUGGCGGGGCGCGCGCGCCUGCUGCUGCAGAUACACGACGAGCUGGUGUGGGAGGUGCGCCACGAACACCUGCACGAGGCCGCAGUGAUCCAGCGCGCGAUGGAGGGUUGCGGUCCGGCGUGCGGGCUGCAGGCGCGGCUGCCGGUGGCGCUGCGCUGCGGACCCAAUUGGGGGCAAAUGGAGGAGUUCACACCACAAACUGAAUAAAUUUAUUGAAUUACAA